AGCCCAGCAGUGAGAGAUGCAAAAAAAAAACAUCAGGGAGGACCUGGAGCAGAGAUACGCUGAUCCUGCCCUUCAGAAUUACCUACACAAGUGCACAGCUUUAGAUCCUCGAUUCAAGUCCCAGCGACACUUGGAUGAUGUCACUCAGCUGAGAGUCUAUGGAGCACUCACCACAGAGCUUGUCCUGAGCAUUGAACAAGACCAAGCCGCAGGCACCACAGAAACUGCGACCUCCGCAGAGACUCAAACAGCAAACUCUUCAGAUUCACCAUCAGCAUCUCCACCAGAGAAAAAGUUGGCCAUGAAGGAGUUGUUUGGAGAACUGUUCAUGGCACAGGAGCCAAGGACCAGGUCUGCAGCCGAAGUGGCAGAGGAGGAAAUUAACUUGUACAGGUUAGCAGACUGCAUUCCCACAGAUGAUAACCCACUGAGAUGGUGGAAGAAACAUCAGAGCUUGUACCCUCAUCUUUCCAAGUUGGCACAGUGUUACUUGGUUGUACCUGGAACCUCUGUCCCAAGUGAGAGGGUGUUUUCCACAGCAGGUGACAUUGUCACAGCAAGCAGAUCUGUACUGUCAGCAGAACAUGUGGACAUCCUAAUUUUUCUGAAGAAGAACAUGGAAAUUGAGUAAACUAUGUUUUGGUUUGUAUUUAAGUGGACCUUUUAUUUAACUUGUUUAUGUUGUAUAUGCAGCUAAGUGCUAGCACUCCAGAAGAUGUGUUAGGGGAGGUCCAUUAAAGAGUGGUUCAUUUUAUGGGUACCUGAUUUGUUUAAUAUGCUGCUGAGACUAUACCCCAGAAGAAGGGUAUAGAAUAGCUUUUAUUUUUAUUUAUUUUUUAUUCUUUACAUGGUGGUUUUUUGGUUUUACAUGGUGCUAAGUAUGCACAACAGAAAAUAUGUGAAGUAUAGCUUUACCAGAUUUAAGUUUUCAUGUGUUUUCUGUACACCAUAGAACAAUGGUUCUAAAAUUGUUUUCAUGUCAGGGAUUGGGUGUGUUUGUUUUAUAUUCUACCAAGUAUAGAAAAUACAGUCAGGGAUCCCCAAA